AUGUCUUCAUUGACAAAUAACGAAUGUUUUAUAUGUAAAAAUGAACUAAGAAAUACAGAUGUUGUGGUAAUCACAGACUGUAAUCAUACAUUUCAUCGUAAUUGUGCUCAAGAAUGUCUUGAUACAAGAAAAAAAUCCGAUUGUCCUGUAUGUAAUCAAGAAUCGGCUGUUGUCAAUGCACUUUCUCGAGAUAUGACGACGAAAAUUACAAAAUCUAUGAAAGAAAUUUAUAAUCCAUUGGAAAAUACAAAGAACGAAGAUGAUUUUAUUGUUGUGUCGAAUUCUGAAAAUCCGAUUGGUACAAAUAAAAAUGAUUGUGGAUGUGAAGGAUGUUCGACUAGUAAUGAAAAACCAAUAAAACGAUGUCAAAAUUGUGGAAGAUUACGACAUAGUCUCCCUUCAAUAUUUGAUGAAAAAGUAGAUAGCAAAGAAAGCACAAUCAAUGAAAUAUUACCAUCAAAACGAUUUGAUUUAGUUUUCUCAACAAAAACCAUAUCUACUUCUAAUAUAACCAAGACAAUGGCAAAACAAGAUUUGGAAUCAUUGAUAGAACAUGAUGAACAAAAAUCUAUUGAUAUGAAAUUCUCAUAUGAUCAAACAAAAUCAUUCAUAGAAUCUGACAUAAUUGUUUAUAUUACGGAUUUACCAUUAAAUAUCGAUGAUGAUAUUCGUCUAGCAAAUUUAAUUCAUAAUCGUGUAGAAAAAUCUCUUCAAAUUACACCAAUCAGUGUUAAAUGUUAUUCAAAAUUAAGUGUUGGUUUUAUGUAUGUUCGGGACAAACAAAUCAAAAAUCAUUUAGUUGAAAAUAUUAAACGAAUAGUAUUAGAUUCAAUAGAAGGUACAUUUAUGAUUUCAUUCCAUGACAAAAUUUCACUUAUUUUAUAUAUUGUUAUUGACAAAACAAAUGAAAAAAAACAUAUAAAUUUACCAACAUCUGAUGAAAUUCUUAAUCAAUGGAUGAAAAUCUAUAAUGGAGAAAAACCUCAAUCAUGUAAUCAAAUAAAUAUUCAAUUUCCUAAUAUUUAUCGUAUUGUUUUAACUUCAUUCAAUGAUUUACAUACUGUUAUAUUUAAUCCAGAUUUCUUAAUUAAUAAUCUAUUUGCUCAUGUUUAUAUUGGUGCAACUUGUAAUUAUUUUGAAGAUUUACCAAAAUCAAUAACUAGAGAAAAAUUAAAAAAAGCUAUUCAAGAUUCAAUAGGAAUGAAAACUAUUUCAUCAUUAUUACUUCAUAUUGAAUUAAAUAAACAAACAAAUAAUGCAUGUAUAAUUGCUUCUGAUAUAGUUCGAAAAUGGACAACAAAAGGUUUUCUCUAUCUUGAUGAUAAACCAAUAUCAAUAAAAGAAAAUUUAACUUAUCAUUUACUUCUUUAUCCAAUAUCUGAAAUCUAUGAUAUUGAUGAAAUUUUAAAUCAAAAAAUAUUUCAUGGACAAGCAAAAUUUAUUGAACAACGUCAAGAUAAACUCAUUCUUGAAAUAUCAAAUGAGAAAAUUUUUGAUAAAUGUUUAAAAUUUGGUCUACUUCGUAUUGGUACUAAAUCAAUAUUAAAAAUAGAAAAUUAUAUAGAAUUUAAAGAUCCUGAAGAAUGUGAAAUUGAUACUGAAAUAUGGUAUGAAAAUGAAAUGAUUCAUUAUAAACCAGAUAUUAUGCAAUUUAUUACUGAUGUUAAUCAUCCAAUUUUUCAUUAUAAAUGGAAUGCAGAUAUAUGGCUUCAACAAUUUCAAAAUAUAAAAUCUCAAAAUUAUAUUAUUAAUAUUAAUUUAAAAAAUCAUUCAAAUCUAUCAUCUGAUCAAAUUCGUCAUUUACUUCAUAUGACUGUUAUGUUAAAUACAAUUGGAAUUAUACGAAAGAAAAAAUAUCUAAUUAAUAAUCAACAAAUUUUAUUAAAUUUAGAUUCAAAAUUAAAAACAAUUGUCUAUAAUCAUGAAUCAUUAUUAGAACAUAAUCAAUCAAUAAAAUUAAUAACAACAACACCUUAUAUUGAAACAAAUGUAAAAGUAAUCAAUGAAGAUUGUGUUAUCGUUUAUGAAAAUUAUUGUAACAUAUAUAAGAAACCACUUCUAUUAAAUAUGGCUAAUGCAACAAAUCCAGGUGGUGGUUAUCGAAAAGGUGAUGAAGCACAAGAAGAAAAUCUUUUUCGACGAUCAGAUUAUUUUCGAAGUCUUGAUAUUGAUCUUGAUUUUAUUCAAGAAGAAAUACCAGAACGAUUUUAUUGUUCACAUGAUGGUAAAAUUUGUUCUCUUAUCGAUAUAACAACAAUGUAUCCAAUGGAUGAAUAUGGAGCUAUUUAUACAUCUGGUUUAACAUUUUUUCGAAAAUCUGAAGAUAAUGGUUAUGAUUAUAUGAUAAAACCAUUAGAAGGUGUUUGUUCAUUAGCUAUAGCUGCAUAUAGAAAUCCAAAAUUAGAUGGCAAUAUGUUAUCACCUAAAUAUGCUGUUGGUAUGAGAAAAAAAAUUGAAAAUCUCUUUUCUAUUGCUUAUCAUCAUAAACAUGAUUGUCUUAUUUUAUCAGCUUUUGGUUGUGGUGCAUUUAAAAAUCCAACUAAUCAUAUUGUUAAAUUAUUUCAUUCAGUUAUUGAACAAUAUGCUGGCUUUUUUCAAACAAUUAUUUUUGCUAUUAUUAAUGAUCAUAAUAAUGGACAAGAACAUAAUCUACAAGGAAAUUUUCAAUUAUUUAAAGAUGAAUUAGAUGGACUUAUUUUUCAACCUAUUUUAUCAUUAAAUUAUCCAAAUACAAUUUUUGGUCCUUAUCGAAUUUCAUUAGAUGGCUCAACUAUACAUGAUGUAACAAUUUUUGAUUUAAAACCUUGUCCUUUCGGUGCAAAAUGUAAUGAAAUAUAUGAUUCGAAACAUACACAAAAAUAUUCUCAUCCACCUUUAUGUAAAGAAUUAUGUAUGAAAGAUGUAUGUAAACAAACAAAUGAUUUAAUUCAUAUGUUAUCAUUUAUUCAUCGAAAUCCAUGUAAAUAUGGUGUUCAAUGUAAAGAUAUUGAUAAUGAAAAACAUUUUCAAGAAUAUGAACAUCCAUUUUAUUGUCCAAAUGCAGAAAAUUGUCAAGAUACAAGUGAAAAUCAUGAAAAAGCAUAUCGACAUUUACCUUUAUGUAAAUAUUUUCAAAAAUGUUCAGAAUAUCGAAAACAUAUAAAAAAUCAUUGUGAAAAAUUUCGUCAUUGUAAUCCUUCUUGUGAAUAUGGAAAUCAUUGUAUUCGUUUUCAUGAUAAACAACAUAUUGAAACUUACAAACAUCCUUUUCCACAACCAUGUCCAUUAACUCCAUAUCAUUGUACAUUGGAUGAACAAUUUACAAUGACGAAUAAUAUCAAUAAUAUUUCAUAUGAAGUUGAUCAACAUUGUCUAGAUUUUGCUCAUGUAUGCCGAUUUGGACGAAAUUGUACUGAUAAAGAUUCUUUACAUUGGGAAAAAUGGAUUCAUGUACUUCGUCCUAUUUGUCCAUUUGGUAAUCAAUGUACAAAACUUGUUCAAGAAGAUCAUUUAAAUUCAUUUACACAUCCUAAUAUUCGUGAUAUUCGUUUUCUUUGUAAAUAUGCUGAUAAAUGUCGUGAUCGUCGAAAUCCAAAACAUUUAUCUAAAUAUCGACAUAUAAUUACAUUUGAAGAUAGUGGUAUUGUUCGUUAUUAUAAUUUAAAUCAAAAUAUUGAUUUUAUUCAAAAUCAAAAAGAUAAUAUAGAACGUAUUACAAAUUAUAUAAGAAAAGAAAAAUGGGAAAUAUUAAAAUCAGAAUUAAAUCUACGUGAAAUCAUCGAUUGGAUACGUACUGUUCAACCUGUUCAUCGAUGUAGACCAGAAAUAUUCGAAUCUAUACUUCUUCAUGGACAUGUUAUGAGUCGAGAUUAUAUGGAAAAUUUAAAAAAGUCACAAUGUGUUAUUGAUUCUAUUCUUCAACAUAGUCGAUUAAGACGAAUUAAAUAUUUAAAAGAGAAAAAAUGUGCAAAAAAUAUUAAAAGUUAUGUAACUGCUUUGGUUUUAGAUGAAUUUGAAAAACAAUUCUCGAAAAAUCAAAGUUUAGAUGAGACUAUAACAAAAGUACCAUCAUCACCAUCAUCACCAUCAUCAUUUUCUGAUAUUGUCAAUAUGGAAACUUACAAAGAAUUAAUUAAGAAUAAAGAAGUCAUUCUAUCAUAUAUUCUUUCUGAAGAUGAUAUAAAAACAAUUAAAACAACAGCUAUUUCAAUAGCUCAAGCUUCUAUUAAACUUCGUUCAAAACCAACUGGCAUUGGUUAUGAACGUGAUAAAGAUUUAGGAACAAAUAAAAAUGUUUUUAGUAUUCUUGGACCACAUAUGGGUGAUUAUGGUGAUGUAUUCAUUGUUUUCAAACGAGAAAUUCUUCAUCAUCCAGAUGCAAAUUUUUCUAUUCAAUCAGCAACAUCUUAUGCUAGUGGAAGAGCUUUUAAAUGGCGUCCAUGGUUAGGUAAUGAUCGAGGUUCUCAAAAUGAUCGAAUUAACUUAUUUCACAAAACAAAAUUACAUGCAUCAAUAACAGGUUAUGAAUAUGCAACUGCUCUUGAAUUAAUUGCAACAAUUAGUCAAGAUUUAAAGAAAAAAUCAAUGAAUAUUGAUUUAGAAACAAUUCUUAAUUGUUGGUUAGCUAGAGAUUCUCAUAAGAAUAUUGAAGGUCAUUUACCUCAACUUAUUCCACUUGAUUAUAUCGAACAUAUUUAUAUACCACAAAAUAUAUUUGAUUCAUUUAAUAAUGAAACUUGUAAAGCAAUUAAAACUAUUUUUGAUGAUCGUAUUUCGAUUAAAUCAUUUCAAUCAUUAGAAAUCUAUCGAAAAUUUGUUAUAAAAGAUUUAAUUGAUAAAUAUGGUCAACGUAAUAUUCAUUCAAUUUCAAGACCUAUUCAAGGUACUGUUAUAACAAUACCAUCAACUGAUUUUAAUGAUCCUUUUGUUUUACCUUUAACAAUAUCUCAAGCAUAUGAACAAUAUAAAAUUAAUCAUUUACAAAUAUCAACUGAUAUGACAGUUUAUAUCUAUUGGCAAGUUAUGAAUGGAGAUAUGAUGUUAACAUUAUCAAAUGAACAAAUUAAUACAGGAGAACAACAACCAAAUCUACGUUGUUUAAUAUGUUAUAUAGCUGAAAAACCUUUAACAAAAGAUAUUCAUUAUUAUGAACAUGUAUCAUAUUUAUAUAAUGGUCGACCAUUUCAACAUGAAAUUGUUAUUAAGGAACAAAAAUAUGUAGCUAAAUCUAGAUCAUUCUAUAUUGGAUGUAAUACAGAUGAUUUUAUGACAUUUUGUCUUGAAAUUCAACGUUCAACUGGAAAAGUUAUUUUAUCUCAUUCAGGUCCAAAUUCAAUUUAUAAUCAUGAAAAAAUUUCUUCGAUAUUUUCUAAAUCAAAUCUUGAUCUUAAUCAAUUAAAUUAUAUUCAUGUUAGUGCUGGAGCUCAUACAGUACCUAUUCGAAAUUUAUUCAUUACUUUCGAGAAACAAUCUGAACUUCUCGAUAGUAUCAAUAGUAAUGUUCAACUUAAUUUACCCGAUCUUCCUCAUGCCAAUCAUAUUGAUAAUAAUAAAACUGUAUUAUCAAGAAUAGAAAUAGUCAAACAAUCUGAUCAAAAUCCAGCAAUGGAAGAAGAAGAUCCUUUAUUUAACGAAUUUCAAAACAUACUCAGAAAUCUUUUGGUUGAAUAUGAAGUUUCAUUGGAUGAAUUGAAUUUUGUUGAAGUUGCUUCUCUACUUUAUAAUCAAAAGAUAGAAGCAUUGGAGCAAAUUAAAGAAUUAUUAGUUGAAAAUGAUUACAUAUCUUUUCACCAGAAAUUUAUUAAUCAUCCGGAUAUUAAGAAUAUCAGGAAAAUUCAAACAUCUAUAACAGAAAAAGUACACGAAGACGAUCUUUUUGCUCAUUUCAAAAAUGAAUUAAAUUUACUUUGGGAAAAAUACAAUGUUGAUGAUGAAUUCGAUUUUAACAGCACAGCACAAAAAUUGUUUGAUGAAGAUAUGAAGUUUUUAGAAAUCGUUCAAGAUUAUUUAUUAGAAGAUGAUUUUUUACAUUUCAAAGAUGAUAUUCUGAAGAAUGAAAGAUUUCAAGAAAUUUGGCAAGCCAAAAAAUUAUCAAAAUCAAAUUCUAUUGAUCAGAAUUAUAAUGAUUUUAAGAAUGAAAUGAUUAAAUUAUUUGAAAUCGAAAGAUUUCCAUUAGAUAAAGUGAAUAUUGAGUCGCUUGUAAAUAAACUCUAUGAAAACAAAGAUAGGAACAUCGCUGAUUUUUUUAAAAAUAUUCUCAAUCCAAAAAAAAUUAAACAAUUCAUAAGAAAAAUUCAAACAAAUGAAAAAUUGAAAACAAUUUGGUCAUCAAAUAUGUUAAUUUUUAUUAAACUAAAAACUAUAUUAGAAAAAUAUAUUGAUUUUACUCAUGAUAAUAAUAACGAUAUAAAUAUGAUCAUUUCAGAAUUAUAUGUAAAUUCUACAAAGGGAAUGAAUUUAAUCGAAGAAAAAUGCACAUCUGAAAAUUUUACAAAAAUGAAAUUCGAUAUGCAUAAUGAUUUAGAAAUAAGAAGUAAAAUAUUUCAUGAAAAAAUUAUAAUUAAUCCAGAAAAUGUUAAUAUGACUAUUGAAUCAACAUUAUCUUCACCAGUAGAAUUAAAAUCAAUCAAUGACACAACUAUCACUCCAAAAGAUUUUUUACCUGAUCCUCUCAAAAGACUUGAUUAA